CAGGCGGGCUCAGGAAAGUCGUGUCGGGGGCGAGAACCGUGAGAUGGGACUCUUUCUGUCCCCGCGCACUGCCCAGCGUCCCCCGCCAUGGCUCGCAACUUCGACCUCCUCUUUGACUCCCUGGGACACUUCGGCAGAUAUCAGGCAUGGGUUUAUUUUGCAUCUGUGUUUCAAGCUACGUCUUGUGGUAUCCAUUACUUGGCCUCUGUCUUCUUGGCUGUUACACCAAAGUUUGUAUGCAGUGUCCCUGGAAAUGUGAGUAGUAUUUUGACUUAUAAUUCCUCUAGUUCAAGAAUAGAGGAUAUCUGGACAAGCUGGACAUCAACACAAAGCUACAUUUUGGUCCAGCUGGAAAAUGGGGAUAUUUGGGAACUUAACCAGUGCAGCAGAUCCAAGCGAGAAGACACUUUGGAAUUUACUUACGAAUACAGCGGCAACAAAACUGAUUUCCCGUGUACUGAUGGAUUCAUCUAUGACCAGACCAAAUGGCAGAGCACCAUUGUUACAGAAUGGGAUUUGGUCUGUCAGCGGGAAUGGCUGGCCAAGCUAACACAGCCAACAUUUAUGCUUGGAGUCCUUUUUGGAGCUGUGAUCUUUGGAGAUAUUGCUGACAGGAUGGGGAGACGAUACGUCAUGUGGCUCACAAGCACUGGCCAGUUUAUAUUUGGCAUUGCAGUGGCGUUUACAUUUGACUACAGUAGUUUUGUUAUAGUCCGUUUCCUCCUCGCAAUGGUGUCAAGUGGCUAUCUGGUUGUAGUGUUUGUUUAUGUGACUGAAUUUAUUGGCGUAAAGGCUCGCACGUGGGCAUCCAUGCACGUCCAUGCAUUUUUUGCAGUGGGAAUUAUGGUUGUGGCCCUGGUAGGCUACUUGGCCCAGACUUGGUGGGUCUACCAGAUAUGCCUUUCCAUAACAACUCUUCCUUUUGUCUUGUGCUGCUGGAUGCUCCCAGAGACGCCCUUCUGGCUGCUCACGGAGGGAAGAAAUGAAGAAGCACAAAAAGUAAUUAAUGUAAUGGCAAGAUGGAAUAAAGUAAGCACUCCUUGUAAAAUUUCUGAACUGUGUUCAGUCCAAGAUGAUCUUGUCAGUAGCAGAACGGGUGAUAAUGACAAUUCUCCCAUGAAGAAGCACACCAUCUUAGAUCUGUUUCAUAACUGGCACAUUGCAAGAAGGACGAUUACAGUCUGGCUGGUUUGGUUCACUGGGAGUUUAGGAUAUUAUGUAUUCUCCCUCAGUUCCGUGAACCUUGGAGGCAAUGAAUAUUUAAAUCUGUUUCUCAUAGGUGCUGUGGAGCUUCCUGCAUAUGUCAUCGCUUGCAUAGGAUUGGACAAACUGGGACGAAGGAACACAUUGAUCCCAUUCCUCAUAUCGAGUGCAGUGAUGUGUGCUGUAGUAAUGGUGAUACCUCAGGAUUUCAGCGUUCUAAUUAUCAUAGCAAAUAUGGCUGGAAAGUUUACAAUAGGCGUUGCAUUUGGACUUAUUUACCUGUAUACUGCAGAGCUAUAUCCAACAGUUGUACGGUCCCUUGCUGUUGGAAGUGGGAGCAUGAUGUGCCGAGUAGGAAGUGUGGUGGCUCCUUUCUGUGUCUAUCUGUCAAGUGUUUGGAUCUUCAUGCCUCAGUUGAUGGUUGGAAUCAUGGCUUUUGUGAGCGGAUUGUUAACACUGACACUGCCAGAAACUCUGGGAAAACCACUGACAAAUACAUGGGCAGAAGCUGCAGAACUAGAUGAUCGUGUCAAGAAAGACAGUGGUUCAGAAAAAACUCUACCAGUACAGAGAGGCGCAAUACUGGAUAAAAUUGAGAUGCUGAAUCAAGAGGCAAAUGGCAUAGAUGGAUAAGAUUGCCCUUUUGUUUUAACUACCAUGUAUCGAGUUCCUUUAUUUGCAGUAUCCGGUGGUCUGGGUAAUACAUAUGACUUGUAAUAUGUACACCUCUUCCCUUCUCAACAAGGGAGACAUAAAACCAAAAACCUCAUAGAAUAUAUUUUUGGAGUUGCUCUAAAGCAUCUUUUUAAUAGCUGGAGCGAGUCAUGUUAAUUUUAAAACUAUGUUUUCUGAGAUUCAUUUUAAAAAAAACUUCAUAAAAUUUGUCUUCCACAUCUCCUGUUGCCUUCUCUGUCACCUCAUUUUAAAAUCCCGUCAAUAAUUUAUGUUGUCAUCAAGAAGCACGGGAAACCAUGAACUGGUAUCUUCUCAUUCUCAGGGGUUUAGAUAGUACAGGACAAUACUCAUAUUAUUGCAGUGAUUUAUUACUAAAUGGAAGAUGCAUUUUCUAAGCUUUUGUCUCAUUACUUAAAAAAAAAAAGUAGCACCUAGGCUGCAGGUUCUGAUGAAGGCAGUCUAAAUUUGUACAAUGUGCAGAUAGCUUAUAUACUCCUUGAAUGUCAACGGGAUUAGGUGUGACUGAAACAAAAUAUUGUUGGCUGACUGUAUGGUUAGUAAUAUCUGUCUAGCACUGAUAAAAACCAGACUCUUAAAAAUCACACUCCAGAAAAUCUUUUUUCCUUUAUUUCCAUAUGCAAUACCUAGGGAGUUUAUUGAAUGAGGCAUUUAAUAAGCAUAAUAAACAUUUCAAUAAAAA